AUGUCUAACACUGAAGCCAGUAGAACAUAUGAAGCUAUAGUGGAAGCUGUCAUUAAUGAAGUUAGAGAAGAUUUUGAAAGUGCAGGUAUAGAUGAACAAACAUUACAAGAUUUGAAAAGAAAUUGGCAAAUUAAAUUAUCGGAGACAAAAGUAACAGAAUUUACUUGGGAUUCAGCAUAUAAUGAUAGAGAUAAUGCAAAUCAACCAACAGUAGCACCCGUAGCAUCUGAACCAUUGACUUUAACAAAUACAAACACAACAUCAGCGGAAGGAGUAACAUCUGAAGAAAAUAAUAGUAAUAAUAAUAAUAAUAGUAAUGACAAUGUCAGUACUACUACUGCUAAGGCAACAGAACCAACUACGGUUAAAUCUGAAAAUGGAAAUGAACAAGAACUUACAAUGCCAUUAUUUGAAGGAAAUAAUAAUCAACCUGUCGUUAAAGAAGAAAAUGAUGACAAUGAGAAUAAUGGAACAGAAAAGACUCUACCACCACCAUUGACAACAGAAAGUAAUAAUAAUAAUAAUAAUAAUAAUAAUAAUAAUGAUGAUGAUGAUGAUGACCAAGACGAUAUAAAUAACUCAGAUUCACAAGAUAAAGACACAGAGCAAACGAAUAAAUCAACUGAAAUAGAAUUGGAAAUCGAUGACCCUAACGGUAAUGCAGCAAACCAAGUACGAUUACAAGCUAAGAAAGCCAAGAGAAGUGCAUUGCUAGAUACUGAUGAAGUUGGUUCUGAACUUGAUGAUUCUGAUGACGAUUACUUAAUUUCAGAAGGUGAAGAUGACGGUCCAGAUGAAAACUUAAUGUUGUGUUUAUAUGAUAAAGUGACGAGAACGAAAGCUAGGUGGAAAUGUUCUUUGAAGGACGGUGUUGUAACAAUAGAUCAUAAGGAUUAUACUUUCCAGAAAGCUCAAGUUGAAGCAGAAUGGGUUUGA